AUGACCGAUAUUAGAGAAUUCCAACCAUCACUUUUUAUCUACUGGUUUAUUUCUGCCUUUUCCAUUUUACUAUUUAUUCGAGAUGCUGAUAACUUAAUCCAAUCUGCAUUAUCAAUAACAAACAAUACGAAAAAUUCACAAUAUUCUGCAAAUAAUCAAACCAUUACACAAGGUGAACAAAUCACUUUACAUUGUAUACCUGAUCAUAAUACAAAUUUCAUUAUUUGGUACUUUACACCAAUGGUCAAAAUGCCAAAUUUAAAUUCCAACGAACACUCGAUAUCCGGUCAAAAUGCAAACCUUUCAGAAACUAUUGAAUUAGCAGUAUGUAAACCUCAUGUAACAUGCAAAGAACAAAUUCAUCUAGCUGAUGUACAAGUAUAUCCAAAUGGAGUCUUAACAAUCACAUAUGUUCAAUCAUAUCAUAGUGGAAAUUAUCAAUGUGCAAUGUUAGCCGGUGUUAAAACAGUCACAUUGAAUAGAUAUUUGAUUGUUGAAACUCCUCCAGAGAAACCUUGGAUUAUAGUUGACACACCAAUUCGGAAUAAAAAAGCUUUUGAAUUCAAUAAAGAAUCCAAUGGAAAAAUGUAUAUUAUGGAAGGUGAAUAUCUUAGUUUAUCAUGUCACAGUACGAAUGGUUUUCCUCAACCACAAAUAUUUUGGUCAAUUAUUCCAAUCAAAAAUGAAACAAUACAUUCAAUGAACUAUGAAAGCACACAAACUAAAAAUUUCAAUGUACAGAAUUCAUUUCACAGAAAUGAUAAUCUAGGAUCAUCUGUGGAUCAUUCAACAGUAACUCCUUAUGGAAACACAUCAAUUCAUUUUCAAUUGAAAGUGUCACGAUCACAUGACGGUAUGGGAAUUAUUUGUAAAGCUGUGAAUAGAAUAGGUUCAAGUGUAUCAGAACCACAUGAAAUCUCUGUUCGAUAUGCUCCUGUAAUUUUACAAUUUCCCGAUGAGCCUUUAAUUGUUUUAAAUGAAAAACCAAGUAUCAUUGUAUGUCAUGCUGUCGGUAAUCCUUCACCGACUGUAUAUUGGACUGAUCAAUAUGGUAGGAGAAUAUCAAAAACGGAACAAUUAAAUUCAGCUGUAUUGAAUGAAGUCAUAUUUAAAAAUGAUUUGAAAAAGUUUGCCAAAGAAAAUUGGAGAACAAACGUCACAUGUAAUGCAAAUAACAUCCUGGGAAGUGCAGAAAAAUCACUGAUAAUUGAAUUUUAUUUUGCUCCAAUAAUCAAAACAAAUCAUAUUAUCUAUGCUCGUAACGGUGAAUCUGUUCGAUUGUCAUGUGAUGCUAUUUCGAAUCCACCACCGAUGAUUGUAUUUUGGUAUAGAAAAUCAAACAAGUUAACAUUGAAUAUUAUGAAAUCGAAAGAAACAAUUGAAAAUGAUGCAUUCAAGUCAACUGAUAAUUUGUCAAAAUAUUCAGCUAAUUAUAAUAUAAGCAAAGAUCAAUUAUAUUGGUCAAGUCCAGUGUUACAAAUUAAUUCGGUCACAAUAGAUGAUGCUGGUAUUUAUGAGUGUGCAGCUGAAAAUACUAUUCAAUUAGAAGGUCAUUAUGCAUUUGUUUAUCGUAGAGAAAGUGAAACACAAUUGUUAGUUUAUUAUCCACCUGGUAAGCCAACCAUUCAAAAAUUAUCUAAUCCACAAAUCGAUGAACAUUUAUCGGUUCUAUUACAAUGCAAAGCGAAUAGUAAAUUACCAGGACUUCCAACUCCUUCUAUCGAAUGGUUAUGGAGUCCGAGAUCUUGUAAAACAAUAAAAUCACUACCAACAAAUAUGAUCAACCGAGAUUCAUUCAAACCGAAAUUUUCAGAAUUCACAGAUCAAUUGUUGAUCAAUGUAACUGAUACAUUUACAGAUGGUUUAUACUAUUGUCUAGUACAAAAUGACAGUGGAAAUGAACUAAGUGAUCCAAUCAGCAUUACUAUACAAGAAGCGCCACAGAUAGUUGAAGAACCCGAUAUGAAUAAUAUUUUAAAUCCAUCGAUUCGUUCAAAUUCUACACCAUAUCUUCGUUGUGUUGCUCAUGGAAAACCUGCACCACAAAUUAAUUGGCUUCAUGACAAUUCUAUUAUUCAUACAACUUCAACUACAACUACCACUGUUACACUAAGAACUUUAAAUGAUGUUCAUUGUUCUUGGAGAAAAAUUCGUACAAGUAUCAAAUGUAUUGAAUUUGAAACAGGUUCAUAUACAUGGGAAACAACAAGUGAAUUAAUUUGGGAUAAUAAUCAUGCAUGGAAUAAUAAUUCACAUAAUGAAUGUCAAUCAUAUCACAUAAUGAAUGAAGGCAUUUAUACAUGUCAAGCCAGCAACAGUAUUGGUGAUGAAUACUCGAAACCGGUACAUUUGAUUUUAAAAUAUCCACCUACUCUAUUACAUCAUACCAUAGUAAUGCACACAUUUGAUGAUCAAGUAUCUUUACAAAAAGUCAAUUCAACUAUGAUCCACGAUAAAUCGUCUUUAACAAGAAGUCACAAGAAUAUUACAAACAAAUUAACAUGUAUUUUUAAAGCUAAUCCUCCGCCAUAUCAAAUCACUUGGUUUUAUGCAUCAAUACAAACAUUUUACACUUAUUUAAAUAGAAGAUUACAUGAAAGCCAAUUUGUAAAACAAUCAUGUCAACAAAUACCACAAAAUCAACUAGCAUUACUUGCUGUACAUAGAAAAAAUCAAUUCGAUGUGCAAAACAAUGAAACUGAUGAUUUCUACAUACAUUUAUUAUCAGGGAAUGAAGCAAGAUUAGCUUUGACAAAUUAUACCAAUGUUAAUAUCACUUAUUUGGAUUCACUAUUUCUAACUAGUUUAAUUAUCAAUCAUUGGAAAUCUGUAAAAUUUGGCGUUUAUUUAUCUUACAUAGUAAAUGAUGAAGGUUGUCAGCAGUGUAUAAUUCUAUUACGAAAUCAUAGUACACCAGAGACUCCAAAAGAUAUUGAAGUGAAAGAAAUUACUUGGAACAAAUUAACACUUGGUUGGAUUCCAGGAUUUGAUGGUGGCUAUAAACAAACUAUUGUUGUUAAAUUUUUACGCAUAAUGUAUCAAGACAAAUUAGUCGCAGUGAACAAUAUCCCGCGAGAAGUGAUAAUCAGUCAUGUACCGGCAUUGCCUAUCUAUCAACAAUGUCACAUAUCAGGUUUAACACCAAAUACCACUUAUACAUUUGUAAUAUAUGGGAAAAAUUAUUUAGGACAUGGAAAAUUAUCAGAAGAAUAUACAAUUACUACCAAAGAACUUAUCUUCCCAAAAUUAACCAUCAUAAACCAUCAGAAUAACUUAGUCCAAUUGAAUUUUUCAAGAAAGAAUGAUUCCCGGUUAUUCUGCUUGAAAACAGAGUUCUUGCCAGAAAAUCAUAUGAACUGGUCAACUUUAAUCGAUACUUGUCAAACACCUAAUGAUAUUCAACAAACUUCCUCAGUGAACAAGAAUACUUCAAAUAGUUUCAAUGUAAUUGUUGAAGAUAUGCCUAUAAUAAAUGUUGGUGGACGUCUAGAUCAUAAACAAAAGUUACAAACCAAUGUUAGGAGGAUAAAUAAAUCUCUAGUUCAGCAUAACCUUCGUAGUGAUGCUGAAAUCUAUUCAAGUUUAGAACAUGGACAAUCGAAUUCCGAUGAUCCGAAUCCUUUGACAGUAUCAAAAAAUUCAAAAUACAAUCGUAGACAAUCGUUGAUAUCUUAUGAUUUAGUGCAAACUGAAAUUUUGUCGAAUAAAACAAUUCGCAGUGAACAUGAUAAUAAUAAUCAAUCAUCGCACAGUGUUGCAUUUCAAAAAGACCAGCACAGUGCUUAUCGUAUUUGGAUUUGUGUACGGAAUCAGACGACGAUUUGUCACCAAGAAAAAUCAUUUCCUGAAGACACUGUAUUCAAAUCAACUAUUCAUAAAUUUAGAAAUAACUUAACUUGGAUUAUUCUAGCUAUUCUUAUCGUAUUUUUAUUCAUUUGUUCAAUCCCAAUCAUUAUUCUUUACAUAAAACGUCAUCGACCUAUCAGUUUACCAAACAUUCCAUUCAUUCAUAAAAAAGAUAAAGUUCCUAUACAAUCAAACAAUGAUUUAUUUGUAAAUAUGAAAAAAUUAAAUGGUUCUUUACGUCAACCCAAUCAACAGGCCAUAUUUAACACUUCAUUAAAUAAUGAAGGCAUGAAACUUUCCACAUCAAGUUUAGAAUUAUCUGAAACAAAUGUCUCAACUCCUUCAACCAUAAUUCCAUUAACUUGUGAUUUGACACAUAGUCAAAUUCCAUUAUUAUCUUUCAGUCCAGAUUUACACAAUUCUAUUGUUAAAUCAUCCACCAUUGAAUUGACACCGGCAUAUAUUGAAUAUCAGCCGACAACAUCGCCUGAUUUAUAUCCAAAUUCAGUCAAUUAUUACACUCUAUCAUCAACAUGUUCUUUCAUUCCAUUAAAUACUAAUAAUGUAUGUGAUAGUGAUGGUUUCGCAUCCAUUCCAAAAUGUAUUGUCAAUUCUCCAUCGAUUAUUAUAAUUCCAGCGAAAACAGUUGAUUUACAAUGUUCAAGUGAAUUUUAACAUUGCUCUACUCUAUUUAACUCUAUUUUCUACAGCUAAAUUUGAUGCCCUUUGAAUAAAUAUUUUCACUUGAAAUGAACUAGUGACAUGUUUCUUAAACAUUCAAUAAGAAGGAAUCACUGUAUAGAAAAAAAGUAUGA